AUGUCUGACGGACACGAACGCGUUACCUACAGCGAUGUGCACAAGCUGAUCGGCAAAGCGGCGGAGCGGAUUAUUCAGAGCAAUUUCAAGCCUGAUCUGAUCAUAGCGAUUGGUGGCGGUGGAUUCUUCCCUGCUCGUGUCAUGAGGACAUUUCUGAAGGAUCCUUCUACAAAGCGAAAUAUCCCAAUCCUAGCUAUCGGUCUCUCGCUGUAUGAGUCUCUACCUGGUACGACAGAAGAGCAACUCGGCAAGGCCGUUGUCCGUACCCAGUGGCUGGGACCUAGCAAGGAACUGCUUGGCAGAAAGGCGUUAAUCAUAGAUGAAGUGGACGACUCCAGGACGACACUAGAAUAUGCCGUAAAGGAACUCCAAAAAGACAUGGAAUUGGAGCUAGCGAAACUGGAUGAGAAUGAACGUGAGGGCCAGCAGACAAAGUUUGGCAUCUUUGUGGUACAUAACAAGCGCAAACCAAAAGCGGGUACGCUCCCACCAGAUAUUCCUUACUUUGCUGGCGCAGAGGUUGACGACGUUUGGCUCGACUAUCCUUGGGAAAUGAAGGAUAUUGACGAACAUGAUCGGCUGGCUGCAUUGGCGAAGGAGGCACCGCCGAUUCCUCAAUAG